UUACGAUUUUGUUUUUUCAUGUUUCUACGGUCCGUAAACAAGAAUCUGUCUUGACAUGCUACCGUAAAGUAAUAAAAUUUUUUCUCGCAAGUAAAUAUAAAUUCCCCGAAGAUUAAAGAAAAAGAAAAAAGGAGACGAGAAUGAAUCCAGUACCACAUGCGAGUUACCCAAUGGCGUCGCUGUAUGUCGGGGAUCUCCAUGAAGACGUCACCGAAGCAAUGCUUUAUGAAAAGUUUUCUUCCGCUGGCCCACUAUUAUCUUUAAGGGUAUGUCGUGAUAUUGUUACGAGAAGAUCCCUUGGUUACGCCUACAUCAACUUCCAACAUCCUUGUGAUGCUGAAAGGGCAUUGGAUACAAUGAACUUCGAUCUUCUCAAAGGGAAACCGAUACGGAUUAUGUGGAGCCAAAGAGAUCCGUCCCUUCGAAAAUCUGGAGUCGGUAAUAUAUUUAUCAAAAAUCUGGACAAAAGUAUAGACAACAAAGCCUUGUACGAUACAUUCUCCGCCUUUGGCAACAUCCUCAGUUGCAAGGUAGCGAUGGACGACCAUGGUAAUUCAAAAGGAUACGGUUUCGUCCAUUUCGAGACGGAAAGGAUUGCAAAGGAGGCCAUCGAAAAGGUGAACGGGAUGCUCCUGAACGGAAAGAAGGUCUACGUUGGAAAGUUCAUACCUCGAAUCGAAAGGGAAAAGCAGCUUGGGGAAAAGGCAAGGUUAUUCAACAACAUCUACGUCAAGAACUUCAAGAAGGACAUGCAGGAUCAUCAGCUGCACGAGAUGUUCUCUAAAUUUGGCAAAAUCACCAGCUGCGUAAUUAUGCGACACGUGGAUGGUACAUCUAAAGGGUUCGGCUUCGUGGCUUUCGAAGACCCCAGGGCGGCCGAGAAGGCGGUCAAAGAAAUGCACAACAAAGAUUCCAACGGUCAGAUCCUCUACGUUGCCAGAGCCCAGAAGAAGGACGAGAGAGCCAGCGAACUGAAGAGACAAUACGAACAGUACCGUUCAGAAAGGUACCAUCGCUGCCAAGGGGUCAAUCUGUUCAUCAAAAACCUCGACGACACCAUAGACGACGAGAGACUGAGGAAGGAAUUCAAUUCGUACGGUACUAUAACGUCAGCUAAGGUCAUGACAGAAGACGGAAGGAGCAAGGGAUUCGGCUUCGUCUGUUACACGUCGCCCGAAGAAGCCACCAAAGCGGUUACCGAAAUGAACGGCAGGAUGGUGGGCUCCAAGCCCCUCUACGUGGCCCUGGCCCAGAGAAAAGAAGACAGAAAGGCGUAUCUGGCCUCCCAGUACAUCCAUCGCGUUCGCAUCCAGCAAAACAUUGGAUUCCCACCACCAAACGCCCCAUAUCUCAUACCGUUCGCCCAAGGUCCGAGGUUCUUCAAUCACAUCAGGCCAGCACCCCGCUGGCCCGCGAACGGACCCAUCAGACCCAACGGAACCUACGCCCCCCUUCCCGCAUCGCCCUACAGGGUGGCGUCGAGAGCUUCCAUCCCCAACAGCAGCAUCAGGAACUCGAUCAUUGCCCGUCCGAUCACGGGACAACAGACGCCCGUGGUGCAUUCGAGACCCAACAGCAAAUACACCACAAACAACCCCAGCAACGUGUUGAGACCCGUGACCGUUAAUAUCAACAAUGGGGGCGACAGUGUGCCCCUGAACAGCAACGUGAUAUCGUCCUCGGUCUCCGCGGACCAAAAGCAAGCCAUUGGGGAGAGACUGUUUAAGUUUGUGGACAAAAUUAAUUCCGAACUGGCGGGGAAAAUAACGGGAAUGCUUUUGGAAAUUGACGUGACCGAGUUGCUGCACAUGCUGGACAACCAGGACUCUCUGAGGGCCAAAGUCGAAGAAGCGAUCGCUGUACUUAAGGCUCAUCAAGCGAAGAAGAUUAAUAUAGUGCAAGAUUAAGGGGAUCUUCCUCCCCUCCUCUCCCUCUCCCUCGCCCUGUCCCCCCCACCGGGAUUUAGUUAGGAUUAGAUUUUUUUUAGUUAUAUCAUUGCUUGUAGGCAUUCGGGAAAGGGGCGUUUUAUGCAAAGACAAAACACAACAAAAAUGCUGGCCGUCUCUUUCCUUUUAAUUGGCGUUAUAUCUUAAGUUUAUAAACUUAAUUUUUUUGUCUUAUUGAUUUUGUAUCUAUACGACGUGAGCGGUAGUUUAUAUACCCCCCUCAUCGAUUUAUUUAUUGACAGCUUUAACACUUAUUUUGUACUGGUGAACUUCAGCAAUAAACAAUAAAUAAAUAGUUAAUUGAAAUUGUUUCGAUUUUUGUUAAACGUUUGCAUGGACCGUGGCAGAAAGGAUU